AUGUUGCUCAAGGCUGCCCCCCUCAUCCUGCUACCCCUUGCUGCCGCCGCGGGCGGUGUUCACAAGCUCAAGCUCAGCAAGCUACCCCAGACACUCGCCAAUCCGGAGCUUGAGAGUGCAUACCUCGUGGAGAAGUAUGGCGGCGAGGUGCAGACGCCCCUCAUGGGUGCUGGCGGCGCGGGGCGCAACGUGCGUCUCGCCCGGCCCUCACACCAGGAUGGGGAGCCCCUCUUCUGGACCCAGGAGGAUGCGCUCGCGAACGGAGGACACAGUGUUCCCCUCAGCAAUUUUAUGAAUGCUCAAUACUUUGCUGAGAUCGAGCUUGGCUCGCCGGCACAAUCUUUCAAGGUUAUUUUGGAUACGGGGUCGAGUAACCUCUGGGUCCCAAGCACCAAGUGCAGCUCGAUUGCAUGCUUCCUCCACGCCAAGUACGAUUCCAGCUCCUCGUCGACUUACAAGGUGAACGGAACCGAGUUCUCGAUCCAAUAUGGUUCGGGCUCUAUGGAGGGCUUCGUGUCCCAGGAUACCUUGAAGAUCGGAGAUCUCAGCAUCAAGCACCAGGAUUUCGCAGAGGCAACGAAGGAGCCAGGCUUGGCGUUUGCGUUCGGCAAGUUCGAUGGCAUCCUCGGUCUUGCCUACAACACUAUCUCGGUCAACCAUAUCACGCCUCCGUUUUACAACAUGAUUGACCAAGGUCUCAUUGACUCCCCUGUGUUCUCGUUCCGCCUAGGCUCGUCGGAAGAGGAUGGUGGAGAGGCCAUCUUCGGUGGUGUUGACCACUCUGCUUACUCGGGUUCCAUCCACUAUGUCCCUGUCCGCCGCAAGGCAUACUGGGAGGUUGAGCUCGAGAAAGUUGCCCUUGGUGAUGACGAGCUGGAGCUUGAGAACACCGGCGCUGCGAUUGACACCGGUACUUCUCUCAUUGCUUUGCCCACUGACAUGGCGGAGAUGCUCAACACCCAGAUUGGUGCCCAGAGGCAAUGGAAUGGCCAGUAUACCGUGGAUUGCGCUACGGUUCCCAAUCUCCCCGAGCUCACUUUAACGUUCAGCGGCAAGCCCUACCCGCUCAAGGGUACAGACUAUAUCCUUGAGGUCCAGGGCACUUGCAUGUCUGCAUUCACUGGCAUGGAUAUCCAGAUGCCCGGCGGUGGCUCACUUUGGAUCGUCGGUGACGUCUUCCUCCGUCGCUACUACACGGUGUAUGACCUUGGCAACAAUGCUGUCGGUUUUGCUGAGGCGGUUUAAUUUGCGCUCAUGACCUGCCAUUUCUUGUCCUCGUCACAUCUUUUCGUUACGACAGUCCGCGUUUGCAUGUUCAUUGUACUGUAGUCCUGCAAUUCGACGUUAUGGUUGAGACGCGCUA